UGUCAUAUGACGUCAUUAAUCUUCCCCCGAUCGCCAUUUCGAAGCACGUUGAGGCUUCGACUGAACGUCAUUUUUGUGCAAAUAAUCGUUGUUUUUUUUUUCUUCCGAAAUCAAAGAACUUAGGAUCUUAAACACAACUGACAGCGCAGCCGCUAACAAUGCCUACAAAAAUAUUCGUUGGUAACGUUAACCCCACCACCAAAGCAGAACAAUUACGGGUUUUGUUCGAGAAAUAUGGCAAAGUCACCGAGUGUGACAUAAUAAGAAAUUAUGCUUUUGUGCACAUGGAAUAUGACUCUGAGGCAGUUCAGGCUAUCAGACAGCUGAAUGGAUACUCAGUCUGCAAUUCAAGAAUUCGAGUUGAGUUGUCACAUGGUAAAAAGACAGAAAAUGCUGACAAAAAGCCAACAGAUAGAGCAUUUCCACCAAGAAAGCCUUUGGGCCAAGGAGGACUAUCCAAUUUUAACAGUCGUUUCACACCCGGCAGCUUUAACAACAACAACAGCAACAACAACAACAACUGGCCAGACAACUAUGACCAAAGGCCACGGUUUCGUGACAACUUCCCAGAUUAUUAUGAAAGGGAUGGACGAAUGUCGUCUGUUCCAGACAGGUAUCCAGGUGGACCGAUGUCCGACAGAAUGGGAUCCAUGCAAGACAGGUACCCUGCCCAAGGACCGCCAAGAGAUCGCAUGAUGCCUCCACCACACUCAGAAAGAUUCCCUUCCUCCCAGCCUGACAGAAUGAGACCCUCCAGUCCAUUUGAUCGAAGGGGAGCACCACCGCCUCCUCAUGCAAUGAGAGACAACUACUAUAUGGACAGAGACCCUUACUACCGUGAGAGAAGCCCUCUUUCUCGGAUGCCUCCCGAUUAUUAUGAUAGAAAUAUGAAAAGAGACUACCCACCUUCUCCUUACCAGAAUAACGAUAACAUGGGUGGCUUCAAGAGAGACACUCCGAUGGGUCGAGACAUGGGUAUGCGAUCGAUGGGCAUGGACGCUCCAGUCCGAGACCAGAUGCCAUCUUCUCGUGGUGGAAUGGAACCAAUGAGGAGAGACAAUAUGGUUGGCAAUAGGGGUCCUGGUCCUAUGGGGGUCGGUCGAGAUGCCUACAGGCAAGGAGGAGAUUCAAUGGACCAUCACAAC